AUGGCUUCGGUUUCCAAACUGCCUCCUGUAAAGGUGCUUACAGGCACUAACAAUAGAGAAAAAAUGAACAUUCUAGACUUGUCUCUAGAUGACAUUAUAAUACUUAGAAAGAUAGGUAUGGACACUGAAGAAAUAGAGAAUGAGACACAGAACAAUAAAAAAAAUACCUCAGUUUCAAGACAGCAAUCAAAUGCUGAUAAGCAUCACCAGCAGAGAGGAUACUCAAGAUUCAUAAACAACGUUGAGGAAAGAAAUGAUGAAAAGCCAAACGGAGAACCUUUUGGGUUCAAGUCUGGACAAAGCUCUUUAAACAGGCAGCCUUUAAAGAAGCAGGAGAAGUGCAAUGAAAAUUCUAAAGCCCAAGCAGUGAUGAAUAAAGGCCAAUCAGAGAGGAACCAACAUCAAUCAGAAGGAUCUCAAGGCCAAUCAGAAGAAAAUCAACACUAUUCAGAGAGAUCUCGAGGCCACUCAAAGAGAUCUCAUGGCCAAGCAGAGAGAUCUCAUCAUCAAUCAGAAAGAUCUCAUGGCCAAGCAGAGAGAUCUCAUCAUCAAUCAGAAAGAUCUCACGGCCAAGCAGAGAAGAGAUCUCAUCGUCAAUCAGAAAGAUCUCAUGGCCAAUUAGAGAGAUCUCAUCGUCAAUCAGAAAGAUCUCAUGGCCAAUCAGAGAGAUCUCGUGGUCAAUCAGAAAGAUCUCGUGGUCAAUCAGAAGAGCUCGUGGUCAAUCAGAAAGAGCUCGUGGCCAAUCAGAGAGAUCUCGUGGUCGAUCAGAAAGAUCUCAUGGCCGAUCAGAGAGAUUUCAUGGUCAAUCAAAGAGAGAUCAUGGCCAAUUAAAGAGAUCUCGUAGCUAUACAGAAAGAUCUCAUGGCCAGCCGGAGAGAUCGCAUGACCACUCUGAGAGAUUCCACAGUCACUCAGAGAGAUCUCAUGACCAUUCAAAGAUAUCUAAUGUCCUAUCAGGGAGAUCUUAUGGCCAAACAGGGAGAUUUCAUGGUCAAUCAGAGAGAUCUCAUGACCAAUCAUGGAGAUAUAAAAGAUACUCAUCAGUAG